UUCUCAGGAAAAGAGCCGUUGGAGAACGGGGCUUCUUUCGCCCGACCCGCAACACCUUACCCGAAUAAUUAGGCGGUUUGAAGCAUCAGCUUCUAGCGAUUCUUGCCGUUGAAUUUGGGAAAAUCUCUUGUCUGUUCAAUCGUCGCUUCCAUAAUCAUUUAAGCACAUCGAUGAUGAUGGUGGAUAAUCAUUUGCAGACAAAGACACAAUUGCAGUCAGAGUUCCAGUACUGGUUUCCAGUUCUUCGCCGAUUCGGCCCCGACGAUCCCUUCUUUGCUUCUGGAAAUAUUGAACGUGAACUUCUCGCCAAACAGAUCACACUAGAUUUAACUGAAGAGGAAAAACAAGAGAUUAGAAAUUUUGAAGACAAGUACAGAGAGGUGUUGUGUCCAAUAGUUGGUUGUGGGGCAACCUUGAAAACAUUGACUGAGUUUGAAGAUCAUUACAAUGCACGCCACACAUCCUCUUGCUCUGUCUGCUCAAGAGUAUACCCCACAUCUCGCCUACUCAGCAUACAUGUGUCCGAGGCACAUGAUUCCUUCUUUCAAGCAAAAGCAGCACGAGGUUAUCCAAUGUAUGAAUGCCUUGUUGAAGGGUGUGGUGUAAAGCUGAAAAGCUACAAGUCUCGGCAUCAACAUCUAAUGGACAAGCAUAAGUUUCCUUCGACAUAUGAGUUUUUGAAAAAGUCGCAUCCCUCAAAAAAAGAAAGGGUGAAGAAAUACCAAUGUAAACAAAAACAUGUGGCAGAUGAAGGGGAGGAAUCAAGUGCGAUGCAAGUGGAAGAAGAGACUCUUGAUGGGCUUGUUUCAGGUGUUUCCAAGUUGACUACUUCAGAUUCGUCUCCUUCGGUUGUAAGUUUUGGUCGACGCCAUACACGUGGGUUGACGUUUCUACCUCGAUCUGUUCAACGUGAAACAAAGAAAUGAAGGUCAGUAGGGAAAUUUAUAAUCAACUUAAAUUUGGUUGCCUUAUAGAAAGAUUUGUGAGUUUUAGGUUUUUUGUAAGAAUAUAUUAUGUGCAAUUGUGCAUGGAUCUUGAGACACUUUUGAGUGUACCUAAAUUGGGGUAGAAUCCAAUUCCAUGAAAAGUUCGAUGGAAUCCAGUCGGUGGUUAUAAUAGUGAAAA